AGAGGAGAGGAAGAAUGCAAUACGAGUCCCCUCUCAAGCUUGCCAUAGAGAGCGAGAGGGUCCAAUCUCUGUGUUGGCGUUUCAAUUUUGUUCUGCCAUGGCAGUUGGCGUCUUCCCCAACUUUGUCAAAUUUCUUAAUCCUCAGAGUUCCACAUUGAGAUUCUCAUCGGAUCGGAAAUCUGUUUUGGCGCGAAGCUCCAACACUCAGGAGCUCUCUUCCGGUGCUUCUGUUUCCCUCAAAGACAAGAACUCCUUCUCAGGGAAGCCUGAAGCUGAUGUUGUUGUCAUUGGCAGUGGUAUAGGUGGACUCAGCUGCGCAUCACUUUUGGCACGAUACCAACAAGAUGUACUGGUGCUAGAAAGCCAUGACGCACCUGGUGGUGCUGCCCAUUCUUUCGAUAUCAAAGGAUAUAAGUUUGAUUCUGGGCCAUCUUUAUUCUCUGGGUUGCAAUCAAGGGGUCUUCAGGCGAAUCCUCUUGCACAGGUUCUGGAUGCUUUGGGUGAGUCUCUCCCAUGUGCCACUUAUGAUUCAUGGAUGGUUUACAUCCCUGAAGGUGAAUUCCUGUCACGCAUAGGGCCUACAGAAUUUUUCAAGGACCUUGAGAAGUAUGCAAGUCCAAAUGCUGUGAAAGAAUGGCAGAAACUUCUUGAUGCUAUACUUCCAUUGUCUGCAGCCGCAAUGGCUCUUCCUCCUCUCUCUAUACGAGGAGAUUUGGGUGUUCUUUCCACUGCAGGAGCUAGAUAUGCCCCUUCUCUCUUAAAAUCUUUUAUUCAGAUGGGACCUCAAGGUGCCAUUGGUGCUACGAAACUUCUUAGACCAUUCUCAGAAAUAAUUGAUUCAUUGGAGCUGAAAGACCCUUUCAUAAGGAACUGGGUUGAUCUCUUGUCAUUCUUGCUCGCUGGGGUGAAAUCUAAUGGUGUACUCUCAGCGGAGAUGGUAACUACAUUUGCAGAAUGGUACAAACCCGGAUGCUGUCUUGAAUAUCCCACUGAUGGAAGUGCUGCUAUCGUAGAUGCCCUUGUGCGAGGACUUGAGAAGUUUGGGGGAAGGCUUUCUCUUGAAAAUCAUGUGGAAAAUAUCGUUGUUGAAAAGGACAAAGCCGUUGGAGUCAGGCUGAGAAGUGGCCAGUUCAUACGUGCUAGGAAGGCUGUGGACAAUGCAUCAAUGUGGGACACUUUAAAAUUGCUACCCAAGGAAGUUGUUCCGAAGUCAUAUUUGACAGGAUUAGGAUUAACAGCCCCUCAAUGUGAAUCAUUCAUGCAUCUCCAUUUAGGAUUUGAUGCUAGGUUUGCCAUUAUGGAGACUACUAUCAUACACCUCAUUUUUUUUUUCCCUUUAGCAAAUAUAGUAAGAGUAAGGAGAGCCGAUAUACGCAAGGAUUUGGGAAUUCAUCACAUAGUUGUAAAUGACUGGGAAAGAGGAGUCGAUGCUGAUCAGAAUGUUGUGUUGAUCUCAGUGCCUAGUGUGCUUAGUCCUAAUCUGGCGCCACCAGGAAAACAUGUAUUACAUGCUUAUAUGCCAGGAACUGAACCGUUGAGUUGGGAAAGGCUUGAUCGCAGGAGUGCUGAAUACAGAGAUCUCAAAGCUUCAAGGUCAGAGGUAAUGUGGAAAGCUGUGGAACGUGCUCUUGGUCCAGGUUUUAGCCGGGAUAAGUGUGAAGUAAAGUUGGUGGGAAGUCCUCUAAACACAUCAAAGUUUCUUAGGAGGCACAGAGGAACAUAUGGACCAGCUAUAGAAGCUGGUAAAGGCACUUUUCCUGGACAUUCAACCCCUAUAUCGCAGCUUUUUUGUUGUGGAGACUCCACCUUCCCAGGCAUUGGAGUCCCAGCAGUUGCUGCUAGUGGAGCCAUUGUCGCGAAUUCGUUGGUUUCUGUGUCUCAACAUUCAGAGUUGCUUGAUGCAAUUGGGAUAUGAAAUUGCCUGUGAGCUAAGUUCCAACUCUUUAAGUAUUAUCUCAUCUCAACAUAUGUUGUAUAGGUAUGUAAUCAUCUGUCAUAAUCUGUCAAUGAAGGUCUUGGUUGUCCCAUCAUUUUUGCCCCUCUUUUCACAUGUAUUUAUGUACACCCUAAUUGGCUAAGCUGUUUAUAGUGGGACAAAAAUUGUUCUUGGACUGCUGAUUUUCACAAUCUCUGAAACCCAGGCAAAUUUUGAUUCGGUAUAUAGUGAAAGUGAAAAGUUCAGGGUUUCACCUUUUUUAUGUAACCCAAAGAGAAAAGGAUUGAAAGGACAUUAUUUUUGGAUGAAAAA